UCGUUCGAGAGAGAAAGGAAAUGUGUUUUGAUUGAGUAACAAUACUUCCGUUUUUCGGCUUUUCGUGAAGUGUGCAUUUAUUUGAACCUAACAUCGCCCAAAAAGUUGUGGAAAACACCACCAGAAACAUGAAUCAGGCGGAAGUGACGAAGCUUAUGUCGCAGUUGCGGGUGGCGAUCCAGCCGCGGCACCGCAACCUCAAAAACCCACGAGGACCCGAAGGCCGGUUGGACAAGCUGCGCAAAACGGUGACGGCCCUGGUGAAACACGAGCGAAUCGAACUGAACUACCAGCGGGCGGAUGAGGCACGCGGGUAUGCGGAGCGAUUAAUAUCGGACGCCAUACGGCACGGGGACUGCCACAAGCCCACGAUGGAGAUGGCCGACUUCUGGUUGCUCGAGAAACAGCUCGUGCACAAACUGUUCAAGGUACUGGCGCCACGGUUCGAGGAGUAUAAGGUGUCAGCCACACGGAUGUACAAAGCACCGAAGGAGUACCCCGGUUGGUACCGGAAGCGAGCCGUGCUAGAACUGCGCGGAAAUCCUUACCCGCCGCUGUUGCCUAAUCAGUCAAACAAUCGCUUCCUGCUGCACAACGUACUGAUGGACGAGGCCCGGAAAGACUAUCGAAAGGAAAAGUACGCCGAGAUUGCGGCACAGAUUGGAAGCGAUACUGCAGAAUCGCCUGUAGCAGAAAGCGCGGCCACGAAAGAGCAACAAAAGCCUCCAACGCAAGCAUAACUCACUUGAACAUAGUAUAACACCAUUUGCUUAGAUUUAUAGUAGAACAGGCGAAUAAUAAAUAUCACAAAGUGGUAGAGAGAGAGCGCGAGAGGAAAUAAGAGAUUUCACUCCGGAGAAGAUUAAAUGGAUGUGUUAUCGAUUUUUUUUGUCGUCGUCGGUGUUCAAUGCUGGCCGCAGUAUCUUUGGUAUUAUUUACAAUCACUAUCGUGGGACGAACGCGCGUAAAAUGAGCUCGGGACAUUCGAAGCGGAAUAGGCACAAAUGUGUGUCA